UCUGAAAGUUUUCAGUCUUCUUCGUCUUCUUCUCUCCUCUUCCUAUCCUCUCUUUCUAUCUUUCUCUCUGCUCCUGGAUCUCUCUCAUCCGUCUCAGUAUGCGUAGCACGCAAAACGCCGUCGUUUUGUUGGAAUGCCCUAGCCAAUUACCCAACCCAGCAACCUUAGCUCCACACAACGGCGCGAACCCAUCCCUCCUAUCACCCUCGAGCUCCUCCUUCCUCUCUCCGUCAUCGAUCUCACUCCCUCACCUCCGUCCAUCUGCCGCCGCCAUCGCCGAAACGAGCUUCGAAGCCACCGUCGGUAUCGUGCACCAUCGUGCAGCUAUUGUUUCGGCUUUGAAAGCACCGUCGCACAGCUCGGUUCCAUCGUCGCCGGGCUCGCCUCCUUUUUCUGUCGAGCAGAUCUGUUCUAUCGUCGCCGGCGCUAUCUCUGUUCCACCUGUCAUCCCUUCGGUCGUGCCCUUGUCCCCCUCUUGCUCAGGAUCUGCUCUGCUCUGUUCUAGGGCUUCUAGCUUCUAGAGACUGGUUUCACCGUACCAUUCAUUCCACCAUUAGAAUUGAUGGUUCUGGCUUCAUUCUUGUCCAUGUUAAUGAUCUUGAGCUCCAUAAAGAACUCUUUGCUUGCCAAAACAGCACUCUCAGCAAUGGAGAUGGUUAUACCUUGAUGAAUGAGAAUGGAUCCAUGUAUAGAACUCAAAGUGCUAAAAGUAGUGAUGUGUGUUGUGAGAGAGUGUUUGGGCAGGAUCAGUUGGCAAUGCUGGGUGAAGAGCAUCCAACUGGAGUUCUUGUUAGAAGGUUAGAUUUUUGGCUUAACUAUGUUGCAUACUUCUGUGGAGGUACAAUUGGUCUUGUCUACAGCAACAAUCUUGGACAGAUAGCACAAUCUUUAUACAUGAGCUCAAGUACUUCAACACUUGUUACACUAUACUCAUCUUUCUCCUUUUUUGGCCGUUUGCUUUCAGCAGCACCAGACUAUAUUAGAAAUAAGUUCUACUCUGCAAGGACUGGAUGGCUAACCAUUGCGCUUAUGCCAACCCCAAUUGCGUUCAUCUUGCUUGCUUCACCAGAAAGUGCUGUAGCACUUCAUGCAGGCACUGCAAUAAUUGGCUUAAGCUCUGGAUUCAUAUUUGCAGCCGCGGUGUCAGUUACAUCAGAACUCUUUGGACCUAACAGUGUGAGCGUUAAUCACAACAUCCUCGUAACAAACAUCCCAAUUGGGUCACUUCUCUAUGGUUUUCUUGCUGCUCUGGUGUAUGAUUCUAAUGCUUACUCAAUACCAGGGAACUCAUUGUCUGAAACAUUGGUAUGCAUGGGAAGGAAAUGCUAUUUCUGGACAUUUGUAUCGUGGGGAUGCUUAUCUGUUGUGGGACUAGUUUCUAGUCUAUUCUGUAUUCAAUAA